GUCCUGAUCCUCUGGACUCCACCCUUCCUUUCCUUAAUUUUCCAAGUAAAAUAAGAAAAGACCCAGGACUUCGCUCUCCCACCUCGAUUCAAUAUUUAUUUAUUUCGGCUGCGAGCUCAUCAGGAACUGUCAGGUAACGAACGACCGGUUUGGUUGUUGGCUACUCCCAACGGGCCGUCUUAAAAAUUCAACCUUUGCCCCCUUCGAAAAACAAGAAGAUCAUGUAAAUAAUUCAGUAACCCUGUUGUCAAAAUCUUAUUUUUGGCAAUUAAUUACGCAACCUAAUUCCUACCAAUAAGAAAUAAAGGAGGCAGAGCUCAUGCCUGCACGCACCAGCAUGUCCUCCUGUCUCUUUCUCUCCAACGUAACGUCGGAUAGUUUCAGGGUCGCUUCGUCGUGUUCUCGUCCCAACUGUCUCUCUCUCUCUCUUUCCCUCUCCUUCCUUGCGUAGAUCUUGCCGUGGGCAAUGUUGGUGGCAUCAGCUUCGCCGGCCGUCGGAUCGCCGUGCCUCCGCCGAUCCCCGGGGGGCGGCCGCCGCGGCGGGGCCCGGUUCGGGAUGACCGCCGCCCGAUCCGCCGCCCCCCUGGUCUCUGUGGCUCCCAUCUUGAAGAAGCUGCAGAAGGAGUGCGCUACCCCUCUGCCGGUCCUCCGCCGCGUGGCGGACGCCAUGGCCGCCGACAUGCGCGCGGGGCUCGCCGCCGACGGCGGGAGCGAUCUCAAGAUGAUACUCAGUUACGUUGACAGCUUGCCCAGCGGGAAUGAGAAGGGGUUGUUUUAUGCUCUGGAUCUCGGAGGGACGAACUUCCGAGUGUUGAGAGUUCAGUUAGGUGGGAAGGAAGAUCGUGUACUUGCCACUGAAUUCGACCAAGUGACCAUCCCUCAAGAGCUCAUGUUUGGCACCUCGGAGGAACUCUUUGACUUCAUUGCUUCUGGUCUCGCGAAGUUCGCAGACAAGGAAGGUGGAAAAUUUCACUUGCUGCCUGGGAGAAAGAGGGAGAUAGGGUUCACGUUUUCGUUCCCUGUGAAGCAGAUUUCAAUUGACUCCGGCAUACUAAUCAAAUGGACAAAGGGGUUUGCAGUCUCGGGCACGGCUGGGAAAGAUGUGGUUGCAUGCUUGAAUGAAGCGAUGGAGAGACAAGGAUUAAAUAUGCGGGUCUCUGCCCUGGUGAAUGAUACGGUUGCAACAUUAGCUGGAGCCAGAUAUUGGGACAAUGAUGUUAUGGUUGCUGUUAUCUUGGGUACCGGUACCAAUGCUUGCUAUGUGGAAAGGACGGAUGCUAUUCCCAAGCUAGACGGCCAUGUUUCUACUCCUGGGCAAACAAUAAUCAAUACUGAAUGGGGAGCAUUCUCAAAUGGCCUUCCUUUGACUGAGUUUGAUAGAGAAAUGGAUGCAGUGAGUAUUAACCCUGGUGAGCAGAUAUAUGAGAAGAUGAUAUCUGGGAUGUAUCUUGGUGAAAUUGUGAGGCGAGCUCUAGUGAGGAUGGCUGAAGAAGGUGCUCUGUUUGGAAAAUCUAUACCGGAUAAACUAUUGACUCCUUUUCUUCUCAGGACACCAGAUCUAUCCGCAAUGCAGAAAGACGAGUCUGAUGAUCUGCAGAAAGUGGGGUCAGUCCUAUAUGAUGUAGCCGGAGUGGAGUCCAACCUCAGUGCGAGGAAAGUCGUUGUGGAAGUCUGCGACACCAUUGCCAAGCGAGGAGGCCGGUUAGCUGGUGCAGGAAUCGUGGGAAUCCUGCAGAAGAUGGAAGAAGACUCGAAGGGUCUCAUAUUUGGAAAGAGGACGGUCGUGGCCAUGGAUGGAGGGUUGUAUGAGAACUAUUCCAAAUACAGAGGAUACAUGCACGGUGCUGUCACAGAACUUCUAGGGACCGAGCUAUCAAGAAACGUGGUGAUAGAACAUUCAAAGGACGGGUCGGGCAUCGGAGCUGCUCUCUUGGCUGCUGCAAACUCAAAUUAUGAGCACGACUUCUAGAGUUGGACGGCCUGAUCGCUUUGGCUUGUCAUUGUAGCAUUUGUUCAUUCGUAGUUGACUGAAAUUUGGAACGGGGAAUUUUUGGUAGGUCGAAUGCCUGGAUGAAGAAUAAUAAUAUGGUGGAGUGAAUAAGUGGAACUGAACUUAGAAUGAGACUCUGCUUCAGUAGAGAAUUGUGUAGUAUAAUGCAGAGGCAAGAAAGCACUGCUUUGGAGAUUGAGUAAGACUUGAGUUUGCCAA